CAUAUAUUCUCCCAUCCCCAUCUUCUCACCCAUAUCCACGUCCUCUCUGUGUGACCUUGCCCAAUACUCCCUAGAUACCCCUUCCUCCAGAUCUAUCAUCUCCCCACUUACAGUGACGCCUCGUCACCAUGUCCGAAACCUUGCUGAAGCCGGAGAAGGACUUCUCCAAGGAUGCUGACAAGCUAAUCCCCGAGGCAGAGCAGCUUGCCAAGACCGAUGUGCAAGGUGCCAUUGACAAGCUUCUGGUGUUGGAGAAGCAGGCCAGACAGGCUUCCGAUCUGGCCACCACAUCCCGCAUCAUCGUCACAAUCGUCACAAUCAGCAAGAACUCCGGUGACUGGACCCUCCUGAACGACCAAGUGCUGCUGCUCUCGAAGAAGCAUGGCCAGCUCAAACAAGCUAUAACGAAGAUGGUACAGGUGGUGAUGGGAUUCCUGGACGAGACCCCCAACCUGGAGGUCAAGCUCUCAGUCAUCUCCACGCUGCGGACGGUGACCGAGGGAAAGAUCUUCGUCGAAGUCGAGCGCGCCCGUGUCACCCGUAUCCUAUCCAACAUCAAGAAGACCCAAGGCGACCUCCAGGCCGCCGCUGAUAUCCUCUGCGAGCUGCAGGUAGAGACAUUCGGAUCGAUGAGCCGAAGAGAGAAGACAGAGUUCAUCCUAGAGCAAGUGGCCCUGUGCAUAGAGCGGGGUGACUGGACGCAAGCCACGAUCCUCAGCCGCAAGAUCAACAAGCGGUACUUCGCCCGCAAGCCGAAGAAGAGCGCCGAGGAGAUCGAGAAGCUGAAGAAGGAGGCCGAGGAGCGGGAGAAGACCCGCCAGCCCGAUGAGCCGCCCAUGGAGGUGGACGACGAUGUGACCGACCUGAAGCUGCGCUACUACGAGCAACAGAUCAUCCUCGCCAACCACGACUACAAAUACCUGGACGUGUGCAAGCACUACCGUGAGGUGCUGGAUACGGACUCGGUCCAGAACAACCCCGAGCAGCUUCACGCAGUUCUUGCUCGUAUCGUGUAUUACAUCGUCCUUUCGCCCUACGACAACGAACAGUCGGACCUCCUGCACCGGAUCCAGCAGGACUCGCGCCUGUCGUCGGUGCCCGUCGAGGCCCGCCUGGUGAAGCUCUUCACCAUCCACGAGCUGAUGCGCUGGCCGAUGGUGGCGGAGCAAUUCGGCCCGCACCUGUGCCAGACCGACGUCUUCAAGGCGCAGCCGAGCCAGUCGGCGGACGACCAGGCCCACCGGCGGUGGCAGGAUCUCCGCAAGCGGGUGAUCGAGCACAACGUGCGGGUGGUGGCCAAGUACUACACGCGCAUCCAGAUGGGCCGGUUGACGGAGCUGCUGGACCUGGCGGAGGACGAGACAGAGAAGUACAUCAGCGAGCUGGUGACGUCCAAGACGAUCUACGCCAAGAUCGACCGUCCCGCGCGGCUGGUCAACUUCUCGAAGCCGCGCGACGCGGACGACGUGCUGAACGAGUGGAGCAGCGACAUGAAGAGCCUGUUGGGACUGUUGGAGCGGAUUGACCACCUUAUCACCAAGGAGGAGAUGAUGGCUCGGAUCCUUCCCACCCGGGGCGAGAAGGGAAAGGCUCGUUGAAAUUGCGGUGAACAAUGUACAAUGAGAAACCCGACGUUAGAUUAGGAAUGGUAUGAAC